AAGGAGGGAAUCGCCGAACACAAAGCUGGUUGACUCCAAGGGAAGCUCAACUUACUCUUUUACAAGCAAGAAGAAAACGGUCCUUCUUUCCGCCCGAACAGCCGAUUUCAGCUCCGAGUCUGCGCGAUGGAGGCUGUCCCAGCUCGAGCCCGUGCCGCUGACACCCACUUCGUCUGCGCUCAUCUCACUACCCGCAUUUACUGCCAACAGCUCCGCGUUGCCAAGAAGCCAGGGCGUCUUUGCACCACGUACUUCUCGUUCCCUGGUGGCAUAGAAGAGGCCGAGACUGCUGGUAUUCGCCGAUGCAAGCGUUGCAAGCCCGAGAUUCAUGGGACUGCUGAGAAUUCGGCCUUUCCCGUUGGUCAAUGCAUUCGCCACAUUGUCGACGAGGGCAAUGGCGCUUUUUUGGGCCGAGGCAACACGCAGGUCGCCGACGAUGUCAAGUUUAAACCCAAGACGCUGAAGCAGUAAAACAAAAUGACCGGCCUGUCGUCGUUCCACUUCCACCGUUGUUUCAAGGCAGUCUCUGCGAAGAUUCCGGCGGGUUUGUGUGAGCUCACCGUG